AUGAAUAUCGAUCAUCAAAUCAAUUUCUAUUUUACUAAUCGUCAAUACACUCUUGUUUGGUAAGAUCUCGAUCAUAAUAUCAUUAAUGAAGUACUCAUCUUUAUUUUCAAUGAAAUAUCUUCCAAAAAUCAAUUGAAUAACAUCACAUUCACUGAUUCCAAUCUUAAACCAAUCCAAAAUUCCCUCCCCAUCUUUAUUUAAACAUAGCACAUAUUUAUUAAUAUGUCUAACACUAAUAAUGUGCCUCCUAUUAAUUAAACAUGGGAAUUAUAGAACAUUUAUCAUAUACAUUAAAAUCAACUUGUUAUUCAGAAAUUUAAGAAUAUGCGUAAAUUAGAAAGUGUCAAUUAUCAAAUGUAAACUAUCUUUAAUCUUAAUCAAUAAUUUCAAGAGACCACUUAAAAUAUUAAAGAUAAUAACAAUUUAAUAAACCAAAAAUAAAGUAUUGAGAGAAGUGCCAAUUCUUAUCCAAUAACAAAAAUACAAUCUAACAAUAAUCAACCAUUACACAAACGAUAAACUUAAUUAAAAUCAUAUACAAUCUAAGAAGUAAUUUUAAAUCUUAUUCUAUCAUUAUUAGGUCUAGUAACACAAUACUUAAAAAGAUGCAUGGAUUGUUUUAUAAGAUAACAUUUAUGAUAUCACUUAUUACAUUGAUAAACAUCCUGGAGGUAGAGAAUAAAUACUUAGAGGAGUUGGAAAAGAUGCUACUUUCCUAUUUCUCUAACAUCAUCCUUGGAUUAACUUUCAUUAUAUUCUUGAGAAAUUCUAAAUUGGAUAUUUAGUAAAAUGA